GACGCGGCACCGGCGCUGGGCACAUGGAGGGGCCGGCGGUGCCCCCGGGCGGGCCGGGGCUGCCGGGCGCCCUCCUCGUCCCCCUCAUCCUCCUCGUCAUCACCGUCCUCGCCCUGCUGCUGGCGGCCGCGCUGCGCCGCGCCGCCCCCCGCGCAGCCGCCGCCGCCGCCCCGCCGGACGGGCCCAGGGCAAACGGGCACGCCAGGCCGGGGGAGCCGCGGAAGGCGAAGGCGAGGCCUCGCAGGGAGAAGCAGCAGCAGCAGCAGCAGCACAGCUUCACACACCGGCUGCUGGUCGCCACCCUCAAGGGCCACAGCAGCCCGGUGACCUGCCUGGACUUCAGCAGCAAUGGAAAGUACCUGGCGUCGUGCUCGGAGGACCGCACGGUGCGGCUGUGGAGCACCCGGGACCUGGCGGGGCGGGAGCACCGCUGCCUGCGCGCCAACGUGGGGCUGGACCACGCCGAGCUCGUCCGCCUCAGCCCCGACUCACGGGCUUUCAUUGUCUGGCUGGCAAAUGCCGAGACUAUUCGUGUCUACAAGAUGACCAAGAAGGACGACGGGAGCUUCACCUUCACUGCGAGUUCUGGGGACUUCCCAAAGAAGCACAAAGCUCCUGUCAUUAACAUAGGGAUUGCAGAGACAGGGAAGUUUAUCAUGACAGCUUCCAGUGACACCACCAUCCUGAUCUGGAGUCCGAAGGGAGAAGUCCUGGCCAGCAUUAACACCAACCAGAUGAACAAUGCCUAUGCCACGGUGUCACCCUGUGGGAGGUUUGUGGCAUCCUGUGGCUUUACCCCUGAUGUGAAGGUGUGGGAGGUGUGUUUUGGCAAGAAUGGAGAAUUCCGGGAGGUGACCAGGGCCUUUGAGUUGAAGGGCCACACUGCUGGUGUACAUUCCUUCUCCUUCUCCAACGACUCGAGGAGGAUGGCAACGGUGUCCAAGGACGGCACGUGGAAGUUCUGGGACACGGACGUGGAGUACAAGAAGCAGCAGGACCCGUACCUGCUGCUGACGGGGCAGUGCUCGGUGCCGGAGCCGCGGCUCAUCGCCCUGUCCUCCGACGGGCGCGCCGUGGCCGUGGCGGGCGGCGCCGACAUCGCCGUGUACAACACCCGCCGCGGCGAGGAGGAGGAGCGGCUGCAGGGCGUGCACGGCCACCGCAUCACCGGCCUCGCCUUCGACACCACCGGCCGCUACCUCGUGUCCUGCGGGGACCGCGCCAUCCGCGUCUUCCACAACGCCGCGGGGCACCGCGCCCUGGUGGAGGACUUGGAGGCCAUGCUCAAGAAAACCGGGAACAAGGCCACGCGGGAGCGGCUGGAGCAGCAGAUCUGCGGCGCCCGCAAGGCGCUGGCCGCCAUCUACGGCAGGAAGGUCUGAGCUGCCCCCGCCCGCCGCGGCCUUUCGGGGAGGGUUUUUUUUUAAAUUUUAAUAGCUCUGAACGGUUGGUAAUAAAAAGAGUGGCCUCCGGG